AUGAAGGAGUCACGGAAAGCAGCUGAAGCUUGGCACUGUGAGAAGCUGCAAGAGAUUAUUGGUGAAGGUGCACCCUCAGUAGCAGGUCAAGACCCAGGAUUGAAGGGUCAUGCAGAGAAGUUGAGGCUUGGCAGCAUGAAGAGGGCCUUUGAGAGGCUAUUGGUGAAAAUAGUGGCAGGAUACGGCACCCUCAAGAGAGAUCUGAAGUCAUGGACGACGGUCGCCCUUCUUGCCGUGCUCUCCCUGGUGAUGGUGGCAGUGACCAUUGGACUUCUGGCUCACUACUUAGUCUCUGGCCAGAAAAUGGAAUAUUAUCAAGGGACCUUUACAAUUUCAGAUACUCAAGCCAAUCGCAAUUCAGGACAAAAGAUGAAUGAAAAAUUGAAAGAAAUUAGGGAAACAACACCCUUCACAAUAGUAGAUGAAAUAUUUAUGGAUUCAACCUUGAACAAGCCCUACAUCAAGAACUAUACAGUAGGACUUACUCCAGAAGAAGAUGAUGUGAAAGCGGACAUUGUUACAGUGUUCCAGACUCCCUCUGCUGAGCAAAGGACCAUGGGAGAAAAGAAGAUCCACAGCAUCUUAAAUCAGAAGACAAGGAACACAAGAGCCUUGCCAGCUGAUGUCUCUGUAGUUCAAGUUAGUGCAAUGUCCUCAUCAGCAGGGAAGGUUAACUUUCCAAAUUGUGGCAAACGAGCUAUCCCAUUAAUUGCCAACAGAAUAGUGUCUGGAAACCUUGCAGCCAAGGGUGCCUGGCCUUGGCAAGUUUCCCUUCAGCGCAGCAACUUCCAUCAGUGCGGGGGCACCUUGAUUGGUAACACGUGGGUCGUCACUGCAGCACACUGUUUUAGAACUAAUUCUAACCCACGUCAAUGGACUCUUAGUUUUGGAACAACGAUAAACCCUCCUUUAAUGAAAAGAGAUGUCAGAAGGAUUAUUAUGCAUGAAAGGUAUCACCCCCCAGCAAGAGACCAUGACAUUGCUCUCGUGCAGUUUUCUCCCAGAGUCACCUUUUCAGACGAAGUACGCCGAAUUUGUUUGCCAGAAGCCUCUGUAUCGUUCCCUCCAAAUUCAACUGUCUACAUCACAGGAUUUGGAGCACUUUACUAUAGUGGGGAAUCCCAAAAUGAGCUCCGAGAAGCCAGAGUUCAGCUCAUAAGCAAUGAGGUCUGCAAACAACAACAGGUGUACGGAAAUGACAUAAAGCGGGGCAUGUUCUGUGCUGGGUUUCUGGAAGGAAUUUACGACGCCUGCAGGGGUGAUUCUGGGGGACCAUUAGUUGUAAAAGACAACAAAGACACAUGGUACCUCCUUGGAAUUGUGAGUUGGGGAGACAAUUGUGGUCAAAGGAACAAACCUGGAGUUUACACACAAGUGACUUAUUACCGACGCUGGAUUGCUUCAAAAACGGGCCUCUAA